GGAGGAAUUGUUUCAAGCCAAAAAAUAAACAACACAAAAUGUUGUCUGCAGGAAAAACAAGAAACAAAUCAACAUAACUGGAGGAGGAGGAGGAGACUAAAUCCUGUCGUGCUGCAUUACACAGCCUUCUCAUGUUUCUCUGCAUAAAAGCAGAGCGCAGCAGACAGAGGUUCCACCUCUCAGUGUGUGCACUUUGGAAGAGAGAGCCAUCUUGUUGCUGAAACUUUCUGAUCGAUAUGAUGAAGAAGAAGGUGAUCAUUGACGUGGACACAGGGGUGGAUGACGCUCAGGCCAUCAUGAUGGCCCUCGCAGCCCCAAACGUGGAGAUCCUGGCCAUCACCUGCACCCAUGGCAACACAUCCCUGGACAACGCCUGCAAGAACACAUUGCGUGUCUUAAAGGAAUGCAACAGGAUGGAUAUCCCGGUGUACCGUGGCUCUGAAGGGCCCCUGCUGGGUCGUAAACGCCACGCUGGAGAAUUCCAUGGGAAGGACGGUCUGGGAGACGUCCCAGAUCCAGACGCUCCGGGCCUGGAGCUGCUACAGAAGAAAAAAGCAGCAAAGGCCAUAUCCAAAAUUGUCAAUGCACAUCCUGGAGAGGUGAGUCUGGUUGCCACGGCACCCCUCACUAACCUGGCCCUCGCAGUACUCAUGGCCCCGAACUUCCACAAGAGGCUGAAGGGGCUCUACAUCAUGGGAGGAAACACUGAGUCCAGGGGUAACACCACAGUGUGCGGAGAGUUUAACUUCGUGGCUGACCCUGAGUCUGCCUACAUCGUGCUGGACCGAUAUACCUGCCCCACCUACAUCGCCACCUGGGAGUUCAGCUGCAGGAACAGCCUGCCGUGGUCUUUCUGCGACACUUGGCUGGCCCAAGACACGGACAAGGCUCGUUUCAUGGACAAGAUUUACAGCCACACCAGAAAGAUGGUCCAGACUGAGCGAUAUCAAAAGGAGCUGAUAGGAGGACCUGGAUUCAACACCUGUGACACCUACGCUAUGGCUGCGGCCAUCGAAGACGAUUUGGUGACUGAGAGUGAAAAGGUCGCAGUGACAGUGGAGUUGGAGGGAACCUACACCCGAGGCAUGAUGGUCGUAGACCACAUGGACCUGCUGAAGAAGGAACACAAGGUCACCAUCAUGAAGAAAAUCGACUUGGAGAAGUUCAAAACACUGCUGAUGAAUGCACUGAAAUAACUCAAUACUCUGAUCUUUGGAAAGUACAGUACUGACACAGUACAGACACAGUAUAAACGUAUUCAGCAGCGUGCAGCUGCAUCAGAAAAUAUUGCAUGCAUUAUAACCAUGAACCACACUUAAAGGCCACCGAGGAGAAAAGUAUACAGCUGUCCUGUGUUUUCUGACGCUGACUAUUGCACUAACACAAUGGAAAACAUCUGGAAAUAUCCUGGUAUUUUAUGUCUUAUAACAUAAAAGGUAAACUAGAGCUAGACUUUAGAGAAAUCAGUUACUUUUUAAAUACAUUAUGUAUACAAAAACAUACUAUUAGACUUUUUACUCAUUACUUACAUAGUGUUACAUAAUGUCCACAUUAUUUGAUUAAAAAUGUAAUUUUUUAUGAAUGGAGAUUGAGAUUUUCUAUUUUGGGGGAUUUUAUUGUAUUCUAUGGAUUUGGGGGUAUUUAGUCUCAUUUCAGGGAUGUUUUUUUUUCAUCCAUUAUUGAUGCUGUAACUGGCUCAGGUGUUUUGCACUGGUUGUUGUAUUAAGUAAGCAGCUUAUGAUUCAUAUUGUGAGUUAUUAGAAAUUUCUGUAGAAUUAAGACCCCCCCCAAAAACACUAGAACCUGAUUACUGAUGGCUGGGUGCCAUCCAGAGGGGGGCUGACGAGAUCCAAUAAAAUUGAACAGAAGGGAAAAA